ACUAUCACAGUGUUAACAUGUUUAUAGUGAACCGGACAUAGACAUUUUACUGCUAAGUUUAUUAUUGUUCUUGUUUUAUGUUAUGAUUUAUUCUGUUUGAGGUCAAGUCAAGAUUAGCUUGUAGGUGUUGUUUUAAAGUGUAGGUUAUGUUCUACUAUUGUAGCACACAACAUUAGUGGAAGCAUUAAACUGUGUUAUAGUGCAUAUAAGUUUCGAAAACUUGUGUAAUGGUAUACCUUAGUGGAUUAUUGUAUAAUGAAUCCCAACAGGUGUUCAGAACUGUAUUUAAACUGAAAAACAGAACUGUAUUGCACUGGUUUCCUGGUCAUAUGGGUAAAGGGGUAAAAGACAUGCAAAAGAAGUUAAAAUCUGUUGAUUGUAUAGUUGAAGUGCAUGAUGCUAGAAUACCAUUUUCGGGAAGGAAUCCAGAGAGUUUUCAAACUGUUAGUGGUCUGCGCCCUCACAUACUUGUGUAUAAUAAGAGGGACUUGGCAAAUGAAGACCUUGAGAGUGUGAUUAUCAAUAAACAUAAGGAAAAUGGAUUCCAGAACAUAUUAUUUACUAAUUGUAAAGACCAAAAAUGUAAUGGUAUCAAAAGGUUGGUUCCACUUGUGCAAAAGCAAAUAUUAUCUUCUCAUCGGUACAACAGAAGUGAAAACAGAGACUAUUGUUUAAUGGUCAUUGGUGUUCCAAAUGUUGGUAAGUCAUCAUUAAUUAACACACUCAGGAAUAAGAACCUUUUAAAAAAAAAUGCAGCGCAUGUUGGUGCAGUUCCAGGAAUAACGAGAAGUGUUGGAGAAAAAAUAAAAAUAUCUGAUGAUCCUUUAAUAUAUGUAUUGGAUACUCCUGGAAUUCUUUCUCCGAAAGUUCCAUCUGUUGAUGUAGGCAUGAAACUUGCCUUAUGUGCUACUAUUCCAGAUAAAGAAGUGGGAAUAGAAUUAAUAGCAGAUUAUCUAUUAUUUUGGUUAAACAAACAUAGCCAUUUUGGUUAUACUGACUUUUUAGGUAUUGACAAUCCAAGUGAUAACAUCUCUGAAGCAUUAAGUGUGUUUGCAAUGAAAAAUAAUUUUACUAUGAAGGUAUUGGACUGUGAAGGAAAAAGAGUUUUGAAACCAAACUUAAAUUUGGCAGCUGUGCGCUUUGUAGAUGCUUUUCGAAGAGGUAUAUUUGGCAAAUUCACCUUGGAUAUUGAUGAAAUACAUUCACCAAAUAUAAAAUCUUCACAUAAGCCAUUGAUUUACAAAAGGGUAAAUGUCAUCAAGUGAUAGGUAUACUAAAAAUGAAUGUUUUGUUUCAAUGAAUUAAUUCUAGGCUAAUAGACUUUGUAUAAUUAAAUUUAGUGAUUUUUAAUAAAUAGGCUAAAUGUUAUAAUAUGCA